CAGGGAUAUGCCUGAUAACCCACGGGAGACCGGUACUUUUAUAUUUCCCGUCACGGAGCACACCCAAAUGGCCAGAUAGUGACCACCUAGGCUAUAUGUGGGGAGGUAGUAUCUGGAACACCUGGAAGUUGGUGAUAAACCUUGUUAUUGCCAAAUUUGCAACGACAACAACCUUAUUCAAUUCCCAGGAACCUACCCUACUUCGGAGCUCUGGAAAAGUCACCUGACGAAACUCCCUGGGCGUCGUCACCGUUCUCAACUUCUCAAUCACCACGUGAUGAUAAGCAACGGUCUCCAUGUUUCGAUGAGGAUGCCUUUGCCCAUCGUUUCCCUCGACCCUCCAAAUGGCGAUCAAAAGCUCCUCAUUCCCCUAUCGCCGGGGAUCCAAUGCCUCGGAGAAAGACUUCUUCGACAUCCCUGAUGAACCAUGUUUCUCAGUCGUGAAACGGGAGCUCCGUCGAGUCCGCACAUGGAUCGUUCUCCUGGUAUUAUUCGUGUUGAUCAAAUGGAUGCGCCGCCCUGGACCUCCGCCGCCACCACUCCCGCAUAUCCGUUACGAUAAGGUGGACUGGUCGCGCUAUGCUUAUACGCAGUAUGCGACUAGUGAGACUUAUCUGUGCAACUGCGUGAUGGUGUUUGAGGCUCUACAUCGACUUGGUUCGCGCGCGGAUCGAUUGCUGUUUUAUCCGAAGGAGUGGGAUUUGGUUGUCGACAGCGAUUCGGAUCGUAUCAGUCAGUUGCUAGUGCUGGCAAAGGAUGAGUAUAAUGUACAGAUGGUGCCGGUCACCAUUGAGGGUAUCAUGGCGGAGAUGGGAGGUGCAGGAGAGUUUGCCGAAUCGUCUUGGGAUACCAGUACUGCCAAACUCUACGCUUUCGGCGUGAUCCAAUACGAUCGAGUGAUCCAUCUCGACUCGGACAUGAUGCUCUUCCAGCCUAUGGACGAACUAUUCUUCCUACCCACCACCCCCAUCGCUAUGCCUCGGGCAUACUGGCUCUUGCCCGAGACGCGAACCCUCUCAUCCCUGCUGGCCGUCAUCGAACCAUCAUACCGUGAAUACACCCUGCUAAAAGAAGCAAUCAAACCCGCGAUCUUCGGUCAAGUCGACCUCAAUCUCACCAACAGCCGGUACGACAUGGAGAUUCUCAACACCAAUUACGGGGACAGCGCACUCGUUCUCCCGCACCGACAAUAUGGUCUGGUCUCGGGCGAGUUCCGCACAAAAGAUCACCGCGCAUACUUGGGGAAUGACCACGAGCAGUGGAAUCCCGAAAAGGUCAUUGCGGAGGCGAAAUUUGUUCACUUUUCGGAUUGGCCAUUGCCUAAGCCUUGGGUGAUGUGGACCCAAGAACAACUGAUGACGCUGCAGCCUGCAUGCGAUAAUAAUCCCGGGACGCCGCAGGAGAGUGGUUGUCGUGAUCGGGAGAUUUGGAAACAGAUUUAUGAUGAGUUCCGGCGCAAGCGCAAGGAUAUCUGUAAACUGUUGAGUUUCCCAGCUCCAGUCUGAUUUGGGGAUAUAUAUAUAUUCAAGUUCUCCUCAUACCCGCAAAGACAUUGUGUCUCGCGGUUUGUAUAGUAUUAACAUGAGGGGCGGCAUAGAUAUGACAGGUGUCGUGGCGUUUUUGGUCAUGAUCUCCAUUCGCGAUGCGAAUCCAUAGAGCUGUAUAUUCGUUACAAAAUUAUUCAUACCGUGAUCAUUCCUCGUGUAGGUCAUAGUAUCACAGACAAGGGCCUAAACCAGUGACCAUCGUCAAAUCCACCUCUUUAUCCAACAAUGAAGAGUAUAUCCUCCCCAUCGCCUGCACCAAUCCAGAUUGACUCGAAUCAGUCUCAACGAUAAUCGC